AACCCAGAUUGCCAAGCUGUCAGCGGUGACAGUUGUCAAAGUGCGGUUGGACGUAGUCUUGUGUCAUGAAUUUUUUUCUCGUUCAUUUCUUAAUUUAACAUUAGUAAUUAACUUCGUUUACUCACAAUGACUCUUCAUGUGAUUUUUAUCGGAAAUUAAGUCUUUUUACAACACGUCUUCGAAUUGUGAUAUUUAAUUGUGAAAGUAUUUUAAAAAGAUGAAGGGCAAAUUAAUUUCUGUAAUAAAACAUACUUGUGUGGUAUGUUUGAUGUAUUUAACGUUUUUACAAACAAUAAAGGCCGAAUUAGAACCUAAGGAAGAAAGUCUGGAAUCGAAAACCAUUUCCGUAAGUAAUAGUGCAGCAGCUUCAUCAAACGAUGGACCCGCAAAAGUCGUCGCAGUGGAAAACUUUGGAUUUAUUCAUGCUUUUGUGGCUUCGUUCUCUGUUAUUUUGGUUUCGGAGAUCGGAGACAAGACCUUCUUCAUCGCUGCUAUUAUGGCUAUGAGGCAUCCUAGGAUGACAGUAUUUGCUGGGGCUAUUUCUGCGUUAGCUUUAAUGACAGUUUUGUCGGCUCUUUUCGGAUGGCUGGCCAACGUUAUACCCCGAGCGUACACUUUCUACAUAAGUACAGCCCUGUUUGCCCUCUUCGGCUUAAAAAUGUUGAAAGAAGGCUGCGCGAUGUCACCGGGAGAAGGUCAAGAAGAACUCGAAGAAGUUCAGUCCGAUUUGCGGAAAAAAGACGAAGAGUACGAGAAGCAAACGAUGCUACCUGACGCAGAAGCAGGUACUCCCAGGAAAUCCAAAAGUGGUAGUGUUUUUUCACUGAUAUCUAGGAUAUUUUUACAGUCGUUCACGUUGACGUUCUUAGCUGAAUGGGGGGACAGGUCUCAACUGACGACGAUUAUUCUGGGCGCUAGAGAAGAUGUUUAUGGCGUCAUUAUCGGAGGAAUUUUGGGUCACUCCUUGUGUACAGGUUUAGCGGUUUUGGGUGGACGAAUGAUCGCGCAAAAAAUAUCUGUGAGGACAGUUACUAUUAUUGGUGGUGUAGUGUUCCUCUUAUUUGCCUUUUCCGCCCUUUUCUUCGAUCCGAACAUGGAAUAAAUAAACUUAUUCGUUUUAAAACUGAAAAUUUAUUUGCGAUUCUGAAUAUUUUUCAAGCACUUACUAAACUUUAGUUUGACGAAAUCAAUACAGCGAUGAUUUAGUAAUCCAUUAUUAAUAAGCAUUUACAUUUAAUUUAUUUUAAUGCUUUGUUGCCUGCGAAAAUAUUGUUUAGUGAAGUGUCUAUCUGUUUUCAUAUGCGUCUUCAUUUCCAUGUAAUUAUUUAAAUUUUUUCGAUUUAAGUAAAUAUUGUCGUAAGAGAAGGCGAUAAAAUUGAUGUGUGCUUUACAUUAAUUUUGUUUUCCUUCACCUUGAACUUUGAACCUCGAACACCGUAAUACGGUUACUUUAAUGCCAUGUAACAAAAAUAACUACAAAGUAUUAUUAAAAUUUGUAUAGUUAGUGAAUUUUAAACAAAAGAUGCAAGAAUAUUAUUAGGUGAGAGUGUAAAACUAGCUGUCCUUCUAUUAAAUUAUCGGAUUUAUUUUUUUAUUACCUCGUUAUAAGUGUAUAUAUGUGUAACAUUAAUUUCAAUUUGUUAGCAUGCAUUUUACCGUAAUAUAAAAAACGUGUAAAUGCUGCAACAUUUUUGAGAUUAUUAUCAGUUUUCGUGUGUCUAGAUAAAUUAAGCUUGCCCUGCAAGAAAUGUAACUUAUUAUAUCUCUGUGAUACACAUUUUUAUACUAUUGAUGCAUUUUGAUGAAGUUAGCUGUUUUGGAGUUCCUUCGAUAUACCCAAAUGCGUUUCAGCUUUUAUAAUUUUUAAAUGUAUAUUUUUUAUAUUUUGUACUAAAAAAAAAAACAGAAUUUGUAAUAAACGCAAACUAUGAUUAAGUUACUGUCUCCAAAAGAGUAGAUUUAAUCAAAAUGGAUAUGUAAGUAUCUAUGUACAUAAUACAAGCUAGCCUAGUAA